AAGCCGAUAUGCAAAUAGCCCGCAUCACCAUGCCAAACUUUUGCAUUAAAAUCUACACAAAAAGAAAAAAAGUUUUGCUUUUGCAUUAAAAUUCCUUCUUAAUUAAUUCAUAGACCAAGUUUCCAUAUUUUGCCACUACUUGAUAAGCAACAAGCUCGUUAAUGCAUGCUGUACACCCCCUUCUCAUUUUAUGUUUCAGGAAGAGGAUGUAUUAAUAGUUGGUAGAAAAGUGUAGGAGGGUAAUGAGAAUGCACAGUAGAGGAUUGGGUGGAUGUUGUUCCUUUUAGCGAAAUCACACAUUUGUUAAUAGUGAAACAGCAGAGUACAGAUAGGAAAGAAACCAAAAAAGCUGUUAGAUGUCAUUAUCAAAGGCUUAAAAAGGUGUGGGUAGAAGAGAUGGCCAUUGAGAGUUACCUCUCUAUCAUCCAUGACCUUAAUCAUAGCUCAUCACUAGCAUCUAGAGUUAUUAAACAAGUUGAAGAGUAUAUAUUAGAGAGUAGAAAGUUAAGGGGUUGGUUAAACUCCAAAGAGAUGACACAAAAGAGUUGGGGUUUGUGACAAGGUCUUACACUUGCGUUUGUGGGGCUAAAAAACGACCAAAAGAUCUUUAAUCUCUACUCUGAGCACACUCUGCCACGCUUUGCAGAAGCAUCAACAAGCUCUCAUAGGCCAAAGGUUUUGUUUUUUGGGAUCAGCACAAAAUUAAGGGCCCUCAGUAGCUGCAGAUGAAGCUCAACAAGCAACCAGAGUUAGAAGUCACAGGAAGCAAAACCAAAGAGUACUAUCAACCUCAAGAAAUCCAAAAUCAUUAGAAGGAAAACCAAAGACAAAAGAAGGCAACAAAAACAAAGGAAUCUGAAUCUCAGCCACUACACAGACCCUUCACAAGCAAGAGCUAGUAGCACAAGAAUCAAAACAGGAGAACAAAUUUUGGGCAUAUAUUAUAAAUUAACCAUCAGCAUCAACUAUGCAGAAGGCACAAUAGAGGAAUGGGCAUGAAGAGCACUGGGGGAGAGAUUGUUCAAGUCCAAGGAGGCCACAUUGUUCGAUCCACAGGUAGAAAAGAUAGGCAUAGCAAGGUGUACACUGCAAAGGGUCCUCGUGAUCGCAGGGUUAGGCUAUCAGCACACACAGCCAUUCAAUUCUAUGAUGUUCAAGAUCGUUUAGGCUAUGACAGACCCAGCAAGGCUGUGGACUGGCUCAUCAAGAAGGCCAAGGCUGCCAUUGACAAGCUUGCUGAGCUUCCUCCAUGGCACCCUCCUCCUAACACCACAGAUGCUGAACACAACAAUAACAAUGCAGGUUCUAAUGACAUGGCAAUUGCAGAACAAUCAGAGUCUUCUGGUUACAAUUUUCAGCUUCAAAGGCAAUUAGGUGAGGACCCUGAUAACCACCAUUCAGCUUUCAUUCCUUCACCUAUUGACACUGAUGCCAUAGCCUUUUUUCCCACCACCACUGCUACUUCCUCCAUUAAUUUUCAAAGCUACCCACCUGACAUAAUCUCCAGAACCAACAACUCCACUGAGGAUCUUGGCCUGUCUCUUCAUUCCUUCCAAGAUUCUGGUCUGAUCCAUCAUGGGCAGUCCCAAGCAGGUGCAAAUCAAACACCUUCCAAUGACCAAACCCUCUUUUCUGGCUCAACUCAAGUUGGGUUUGAGGCCAAUUACCACAGGAUUGUGAAUUGGAACAAUGAUGCUACCACUGAUAUGAACAGAACCGGGUUCAUGGUCAAUCCACCUGCUCUUCUAGGCCAAGGUGGUUCUGCUGCAUAUUCCCAAAGGGGGACCCUUCAGUCCAGUUUCUCACCAUCACUUCGUCCUUGGAGUGACAUUCCCAUGGCUUCCUCUGAGCAUCACAAGUCUCAACCAAUUCAACAAGCUUCCAUCUUUGGCAGCAGGUUUCUGUCUGAUGCCUUGCCAGGGUUCUGCAUUCCUGCAAGAAUUCAAGGGGAGGAUGAGAGCCAUGGAGUUGCUUCAGAUAAGCCAUCAUCUUCUUCUCCUAAUUCUCAUCACUGACCACAAACAUGAACUGCAAUGUUCCUUAUCUAUCAGGAGCAUUGUCUAUCGGACUUGAAAACGUGGGAAGAUUGAGAUGGAGAUAUCUUGAUGAUCUACAAAAUAUGUCUGGUUGGAUUCAACUUUUUUGUGCCUUUCUUUUCCCUCCUUAUUGCAGCCAAAUUACAUUGGUGCUUUAUAUAUUUUUUAAGAUAAAAAUUACAAGUGGGUUGACUAGUUCCCUCUAAUCAACGCUGCUUGAUAUAUUAAUGUAUCAUGAUUUAUAUCUAUAUGAUACUUUGCUCAAUUUAUAUAUGACAUUAAGCUGGAUUCAGUGGUUAUGAUCCUCGAUCAUGUUUCAUUAAUGUCGAGAAUAGCAUAGUUUAUCCGAUAUCAAGUGAACACCCAAGGUUUCAAGUUGAUUCUUGGUGUACCCCACUUCAAGAAAAACUUAAUCUAGUAUGGUUUUGAUUGAUUCAAUUGUUCCCCCUGUAGUAGAAAGAGAUGUGGUUUCCUUUUUGCCCCAAGUACAUUUAAUGGAGCACUUUGGAAGUCAAACACUUUCUCGAACCAUUCGGCAAUGUAUUUCUGCGCCUGCUUCAAUUUCAAGUAAUAUGUAAGUUACAUUUUAUAGAAGAUUUGAAACAUUUGUCUCUUUUUCAUUAGAAAAAAGUUACGAUGUUAGAGU